UCUAAUCAUUUAGCGGCAUGGGAACCACGACCGAUCGACGGCACGCUGUCAGUGGUGAACAGGGAUAAAUAGAUUAUAUUCCGAUUUCGACGGUUCCGCUCGCGCAAGUGUGUGUGAACGAAUGCAGCCUGGGCACGGGCAACGAAUCGACGAAGUUGAACCCGUUAGCCCUCCUCCCUAUAAACAGUAUACGCAACAUUGACGACACGAUGGGUCUGACGAGGUGCAUCAACGGUACCAGUGUUAAUUGUAAUUUGAGAAACUUGUGAAACAGCGAGUGUCGAGUGUACGUGACAGUAGAGAGAACAUGAUCAAGCUGUGGACAACUAGUGCAGCAUAGCCGUGCGUAACAUAAAACUUUGACGAGUUUAUGAGCAGAGACCAGAAGUUUGGGCUGUUUCUCGUACCGAGUAACAUUCAAUAACGAUUUCAGACUAUUCCUGUGUUUGCAUUUUCAAACCGACCUCCUUUUCUUUCUCAUUUGCGCUGGUUUUACGCUGUAGUUAUACCGUUGCUCGUUAAUAUUACAAGACCCCUUUUUUCCUCUAACGUAUAUACAACACGACCGUCGUAAGCUGUCGUAAAAACAUGCAAGAAGCAUAUGCAUUCGUAUCCGCUUCGGUUUUCUUACAUCACGUAGCUUUAAAACGUCGCGUAUCCGUAUAACCACCCUAUACACUGCUCUACAUUUCACUUCAAAGAAUACACGCAUUUGAUUGAAUGGACCGAAGAUUUACCAAGACGUUAUUUGAUACUGCUGCAAAACCCCUAAAAAUGGAUUGGACACAAGUUAUAAUGGAGGGACCUGAGGUGACGUUUUUAUUCCAGUUCGGGUUGACUCGCAAUACCGUAACUGUUGAGGCUGGCACUCUCACAUUAAAAACUCUAAAAGACUUGGCCUGUGAUUUUAUCAAUGAUAAGUGUCCCGAUCAUGGUUUGAGCCGUCUAAAUGAAAGGCUGCUCUUGUUUAAACACGAUUAUAAUUCAACAAAUAUUCUUCAACUUAUUACAAAUGCUACCGAAGUUGUCGACGAAACAUUGGUUGAAAUAGUAUUGACUGCACAAGUACCGAGUGAGGAUGUACUUAUACGACCACAUACCCUGGUGGUUCAUUCGUAUAAGGUUCCAACCUUUUGUGAUUUUUGUGGUGAAAUGUUAUUUGGUCUAGUUCGUCAAGGACUUAAAUGCGAAGGAUGUGGAAUGAAUUAUCAUAAACGAUGCGUCGUCGUGAUUCCCAACAAUUGUUCCAACGACAGUAAUCAGAGGAGACGCAGCUCUACGUUCUUGAAUGUUCCCAGGUCUCCGAGCCAAGGUUCGACAAGCAGUUUGGCCAGUGGCAGCGAUGAUACUGCUAAUCUCAGCACGAGCACUGCGUCCCACUCAAGCCAAAAUAACAGCACGCUUACUAUUCCCAACAUAUUAGUUCCCAAACCAUCACGAUCACCAUUGCUGGGGGGGCGUCCACCCUGGAUAGAUCGUGAAAUUGGAAAUCGUAUUAAAAUUCCGCAUACUUUUGUAGUGCACACUUAUACUCGGCCCACAGUUUGCGGAUUAUGCAAAAAACUAUUGGGUGGAUUAUUCAAACAAGGCUUACAGUGUAAAGAUUGUCAGUACAAUACCCACAAAAAAUGCAUCGACAAAAUUCCUAAAGACUGUACUGGCGAGAUUCCAAGAGAUAGUACAGGUGCAGAAUAUCGAGAUGGUGGCGAAACCGAAGGGCGAUAUGGUGGUCGUAACGAAGAAGGAGAUGCUGACAGUGCUACCGAAUCUCCAUUGCCCCCAUCGCAUCCUUCGUGUGUGGCUGAUGACAGAAACCACAAUGGGGGAUUAAAUUCUGAUCUCAUUCCAAGUCACGAUGAAGUCUCGUCUGACGAAUUCCCGAAGACCAGACCCUCGAGUUCAUCGCCAAGCAACAACAUUCCGCUGAUGCGAAUAGUUCAAAGUGUUAAACAUACCAAACGACGUGGUUCUAAAGUUCUGAAAGAAGGCUGGAUGGUGCAUUUUACUAGUCGUGAUCCGACGAGGAAACGACAUUAUUGGAGACUGGAUACGAAAGCUAUUACACUCUUUCAAAGCGACAGCGGACACAAAUAUUACAAGGAGAUACCAUUGGCGGAAAUUUUGUAUAUUGAUACUGCCAGAACGCCACAUUCCACAGAUUCUAUGCAUUGUUUUGAAUUGAGAACUGCGAACGUGGAUUAUUAUGUCGGUGAAGAUCCACUUCACAGCGGUGCCACUGGACAGAUGCCUCCACAAGAAAGUGGCGUCGGAGCGCACUUAGCCAAAUCAUGGGAGACGAGUAUUCGGCAAGCUUUAAUGCCUGUCACAUCUGCAUCAACACCGCAAGAGCAACAGUCCAUGGAACCUGACGAGCGCGUAGUCGAUAUGUCGCAAUUGUAUCAAAUUUGUCCAGACGAAGUAUUGGGAUCUGGUCAAUUUGGGAUAGUGUACGGUGGUACAUACCGCAAAACGGGUCGCGCCGUAGCAAUUAAAGUAAUUGACAAACUUCGCUUUCCGACAAAGCAGGAGGCACAGCUAAAAAACGAAGUUGCAAUUUUACAAAAUCUUUCGCACAGCGGUGUCGUUAAUUUGGAACGAAUGUUUGAAACCCCAGAACGAAUAUUCGUCGUGAUGGAGAAGUUGAAAGGAGACAUGCUCGAGAUGAUUUUGAAUUCGGAAAGGGGACGUCUCAGUGAAAGGAUCACAAAGUUUCUUAUAACACAAAUAUUAGUUGCGCUGAAACAUUUACACAGUAAAAAUAUUGUCCACUGUGAUCUGAAACCAGAAAACGUAUUGCUCAGCAGUAACAGUGAUUUUACUCAAGUAAAGCUUUGCGAUUUUGGAUUUGCAAGGAUUAUUGGAGAGAAGAGUUUCAGAAGAAGCGUUGUUGGUACUCCCGCUUACUUGGCUCCCGAAGUAUUGAGAAAUAAGGGAUACAACAGAUCACUGGAUAUGUGGAGUGUUGGCGUUAUUAUCUAUGUUUCACUUAGUGGUACGUUCCCAUUCAAUGAAGAGGAAGAUAUCAACGAACAAAUUAAAAAUGCAGCUUUCAUGUAUCCGCCAAAACCAUGGAAAGAAAUAUCUUCUGAUGCUAUAGAUUUAAUUAAUAAUCUACUGCAAGUCAAACAUCAAAAGCGAUAUACCGUUGACAAGAGUUUACAACAUGUAUGGUUACAGGAUUAUCAAACAUGGUGCGAUCUCAGAGAACUUGAGCAACAGGUUGGUUGUCGUUACUUAACUCACGAAAGUGACGACGCUCGUUGGAUGUCCUACGCUAAUCAACGGGCAUGACAAAACUUCUCUCCGACCAUAACCAUUGAACCACCAACAUCUAUGCUACAUAAGGGGUGGGCGCGAAGUGCCCGUGCUACCAUCAGGCGUUUCAUUCGCACCUGACAAAUCAGAAACGUUUGAAACACAUUUCAUUUUACGUAUUUCCGUCAAGUGAUAUUGAAAGCAAUUUAUUCCUGAAAUAGUAUUCAAUGUUUUACGAAACAUUUUUAGCAAAUCGUCGAUAUAAUAAAACUGCAAGCCCGUGAUUUCAGCCCUGGACUGUUAGUAUUACCUAUGUUACAAUAAUGCAAAAUAACCGCGAAUCUUGGUGUAUUUUAGCAUAAUAACACAGUGAGCAGAGCACUCGCGUUUUGGGUGAAAUUUUUUCCCAAAAGUUUACUUCUAGAUUUUGGACUGCAAUAGCAAAGCAGAGACAUUAAUAUUUAUGCGAAUUUAUCACUGCAUUGUGCCAUCCUGGGCUUCUAGAUAUGUUCAAUUUUUUAAUUUACUGAAAUUGCUGUAUAGAAUGAAAAACGAUUUUUAAAAAUCCCCGAGAUAUGCGUCCGUGAAAAGCUUGCAGCUCAAUUUGCAUGAUAAAUAUUGACCAAACUCCUCAUAAUUACCGAAUGUUUAACUUUGAUACCAUUGAAUUUAGCAUUGUCAGAUACUAACUUUCCGAAAUUAGAUGAGAUUUUUACCACUAGUUAGUUUUAAAAACAAAUGGACGGAUUAACGGAAAUAUAACGAUAGUUCGAUAGUUGAAUCAUGUUUAAGAUGAAUUGCUACAAUUUAUGAUCUAGAGAAAAGAUUCGAACAUUUAUUGUAAAUUGUUAAAUGAUGAAUUUACCUCAGAUUCUCAAGCUAUUUUUACAUUAAAUUUUUUAUUUUUCUUCAUCUUUUGUUUACACGAUAUGAUUUGCUGUUGUAGAUUCAUUCGAUUUUCCAAAAUAUUUUUUCACAAACUGAGCCUUACACAUAAUAAGUUUCAAUUUUCAGGAACCGAAUCUUUAUAAACACCGAAACAAAGAUUAUUCAAUUUGAGCUGAGAAGAAAAAUUUGUUAAAAAAGAAAAAUAAUGCAUGUAAAUUGAUUCUCGUUUCACGAUUAUUUAAAAUUUUAUUAGCUAGCGAAAAAAUCAUACAUUAUUGUUAUUAUUAUUAUUAUUAUUAUUAUUAUUAUUAUAUAUAUAUAUAUAUUUUUUAUGAAUUGAAAAGAGGUAUUCUAAGAAUCGAUCAUAUGCUUUGAAGUGCAGUUUAAAAAUAAGUGGUAACAAUGACAAAUGCUGGAAUUUCGCAUUGAACCAUGUUUAUCCUGAGCGAGAAUCUUUGAUUUCCGAUACGAUGAUUAUUAUUAUCAUUAAUUCUAUGAAUCUCUAUGUUGUGACCUGGUUGUGGGAUCUGGUUAAUUUUAAUUUUUAUUAUAUUUUAUUAUACAAAUUGGACGCAAUAUUAUAACAUUAUACUAUGUACCGUUCUAUUUUAUAUACAUCAUACUUAAUUAAAUGCUCAGUAUACUGAGCUAUUCAGGAGUCGGUGAUGUAUUCUAUAUAUAGGAUUAACUUCAGGGAGACCCUACCGUACUUGACUUUUGGAUAGUUCCUUAAUAUCACUCGUUUUUUUUUACGGUGAUAGAUAACAUUAGCAUAUUAUUUUAACCCGAGAGCCAUUAUAGUUGAAUAAUACGUGAGCUUAGCUUGAUCGUUUCAAAUUUAGCUCAAAACGUUGAAAAAAAGUCGAAAGUACCCGUGGGAUGUUUUGUUAUUGCUCGAAUAAUGAGCAUAUCGAGAAUGAAAAUGUUGAGGAGUUUUAUACCUAUGGUUUAUUGGUUGUAGAAAUCGUAAUAUAACAAAACGCACAGUAAAUCAUUCCGAACAAAUUUUUUUCAAUCUUUUUAACUAAUUACGUGCUUAGUAUACCUGAUUUUAUAUUUUUUUUUAUAUCAAAUCGAUUAUAUAACUUGAGAAUUAUUGUUCUUUCGUUGAAAAAAAAAAAAAAAAUUAAACAUUACCGGUAUUCUAAAUAUUUAUAUUUGUUCUAUUUUGCCUGGAAGUAAAAGAUCUACAGUGAAUAAAUUGAUUAUAAUAACGUAUUGUAGCUUUCAGGUGUACAGUUUACGCGUUGAUUAAGUUUUUAAAAAUUUUACGUUUGUAUUACAUUUUUUAGUACAUUGAUUGUAACAUCUUGAUAUUAUUUAAAUGAAUUUAAUUCAGCAUAAAAGUAUAUCUUAUUAUGAUUAUUAUUACGUUUUUCGUUUAAUUUAACCGCUGCAUGCGUCUGUACAAUAUAUCUAAUUUAUUUAUGAAAUUCUUUUGUCCCCUCGGAACAUCUAAAUGAUGUAAAAUAUACUUGAUUUUAAAUCUUCCCACUAUCACAAUCAUUCAAGUUGGCGGAUGUCUUGAACAACAAAUGUUACAGUUGUGCGAAAUAAGAAUAAGGCCUACUCAAGAUGUAGAAUAUACAUUUUGCGGAUUAAUUAAUUCGUACAUAGAAAAUAUGCACGUUAAUCGAAAUAAAAGUUCGAAGCAAUUUCUUAAUAAAUUGCACAAAAUUGUUAUUAGUCUUACCGUCCACACACAAACGGAUAAACAGUUGACAAUUUUUAAAAUCAAAAUUGUUAUCAGCAAAAGGCAACAAUAUUUAUAUAAAAUUAUAAAUUUCUUGCUUAAGCUUGAUUAUAAAUGAAAAAAGAAUUUCACGUUACUUUGCCUAAAUUAUUAAGGUACGUAAUGAUACUUGCUUAAGGCCCAAGUUUAAAGCCGUUAUAUCUGGCGUCUAUUCGAAUUAGUGAAUUUGUUCGAAAAUACAUUGAUCAAAUAAAAUUGUAGAGUAUUGAUCAGACGUUCAAAUUUCUAUGUUGAAAAUUGCAUCUCAUUACUUGACAUGUCUUCUUAUUCAAAUUAGUAUUAGGUAAAUUGUCCUCUGCGAUCAUGUUUGAAACUGCGAAGCCUUGCUGUAAAUUAUAUAUAAUCUGUUGUUGCUCUGCAAAUUAACACACA